AUGGCUCAGUCAGACACCAAAUCAGAGUUCAGCGUGCUUGAUGCGAGUAUUUCCGAGCUUCAGGAUGCCCUCUCAUCCGGAGUACUCACCAGUGUGGACCUCGUCGCCCGAUAUCUUCGACGUAUCAGUAUCUACGACGCCAAUGGACCCAAACUCAGUGCCAUACCUAUUUUGAACCCAGCCGUAUUCGAAGAGGCUGCUGCGUCAGAUGCUCGACGAGUCUCAGGAAAUCCUCCACGGCCAUUGGAGGGUAUUCCAUACCUGGUGAAAGACAAUAUCAAAGUCAAGGGAAUGGUGGUGGCGAAUGGCUCACCCGCAUUCGAGCACUUAAUUGCAAAUGAAGAUGCUACUUGCGUGCGUAUUCUGCGAGAGGCUGGUGCAGUUCUUCUAGGCAGGACUAAUAUGCCUGCCAUGGCAUAUGGUGGCAUGCAGCGUGGAGUUUGGGGUCGUGCUGAAAGUCCUUACAACAGUGACUUUUUAGCAGCUGCCUAUGCUUCUGGCUCAUCGAAUGGGUCGGCUGUUGCUACGAGCUCGAAUUUCUGUGCCUUUUCUCUUGGGACGGAAACUGUCUCGUCGGGUCGUUCACCUGCAUCAAAUAAUGCUGUUGUCGCUUAUACACCAUCCAAGGGUCUUCUUCCACUUCGUGGAGUCUUCCCUCUUUACCCAACUUGCGAUGUCUUAGUACCCCACACUAGGACAGUCGCUGAUCUUUUUCAAGUGCUUGACGUAUUAGCAACAUCCGAUGAAGAUCCACUUGGGGACUUUUACCGCGAACAAUCUAUCACACCCUUACCCUCGAUAGACGCUAUCCGACCGGAGACUUUCUCCAUCCUCCAGGAUAAAUCAUCCUUACAGGGAAAGCGCAUUGGUAUCCCGUCAAUGUAUAUUAGGGGUGAUGACUCCAGCAUUUUACCUGUCAGUCGAGUCCACCCUCGAGAAUCAAUCAUAAAGCUCUGGCAAGCAGCGCGUCAAGCCCUUGAAGCAUGUGGCGCCGAAGUUAUCGAGACAGACUUCCCACUUGUGACAACAUACGAAAAGAACGCAGGAUCAGGCCAACUUGUCACAGUCGCGAAUCUCCCAGAAGGUUGGGCUGCCAAAGAAAGAUGCGAGGUUGUAGCGCACGCAUGGGACGAUUUCUUAGUCUCGAACGGCCAGACAGGUCUCGAAUCACUCACACGCGUGCAACCUGAUACUAUUUUCCCUCUCGCGCCAGAAUCGCUACUUGGAACACCCGAAGCAACUAAUAAACCUCGCUGGAACGAGAUCGUUGAGUAUCCGAACAAGAAGCCAUCCUCCAUUUUCGAGAUCCCAGGAAUGAAACAGGCGGUUCUAGCUCUGGAAGAGGCACGCAAAGAGACUUUUGAGAAGUGGAUGGAUAAACUUGGUCUUGAUGCUGUUGUCUUUCCUGCUAUCGCAGAUGUUGGUGCUGCGAAUGCAGAUGUUGAUGAACAGGCUUCGCGGUAUGCUUGGAGUAAUGGAGUCAGAUACUCGAAUGGAAAUCGACCUAUUCGCCAUCUUGGCGUGCCGACUAUUUCUGUUCCGAUGGGUAUCAUGGAGGACAUCAAGAUGCCUGUCAGUUUGACUUUUGCUGGGAAAGCAUAUGAGGAUAUCAGCCUGUUGCGAUAUGGGUUUGCGUUUGAGAUGGCUACAAAAAGUCGGAUUCAACCACACCUUGUACCUGCUCUAGAUUCAGAUCAUAUUGCACUGGGAAAUGGUUCUCCGACUGGGAACACCAAGUUGGAACUUGCACUUGCGGUGAAUGUGCAGAAAAAAGAGAUCCUUGACUCAAAGGUCCUUGUCCAUAUUGAAGGGUUUAUACCUUCAAAAUGUGCCACACUUUCCGCCUAUGUCAAUGGUCAGCCAUGCAAAGCUAUCAUUAAUGGCGAGAAGUGGUCCAUUCAAACGUCAUAUCCCGUCUCUGAACGGGAUGAAAAGUGGACACAAUGGGCAAGCCCAGCACUCAAGCAGACUAUUGUUCUCAUUAUAGCUAACACAAGCGGUGGACUUACAGCUGGGAAGUUAAUUCUUCUGUGA